GCUCCCUCUUCCUCAUAUAGAGUAGGGUUUGUUCGUGUGAGGUUGUGUCUCCUCAAAUAUAGGUUACACAACCCACGUCAAUUUCGUGACAUAACUUAAAAAACCAAAAAAAUUAUAAAACUAGUAAAAAUCCAAAAAAAUCGAAAAAUCUGUGAAAAUAAACGUGAAACAAGUUGACUAAAGUGCGUGUGGUCUUGAACGUACAACGUGGGCAUUCUGGAAGGACUCUGAAGCUAGCCAUUUUCUUCGAAGAAAGGAGGUUUCGCAGAUUGAAAGUGUGUUGUAUUGUAAUAUUAGCUUCUGUGGUAAAAUAUAUAUAACUUCACCCAAAAAUGAAUCCAGGUGGCCCCAAUUACCCUAUGGCCUCUUUGUAUGUUGGCGAUUUGCACCAUGAUGUAACGGAGGCCAUGCUCUUUGAAAAAUUUUCAACAGCUGGGCCUGUACUUUCGAUUCGGGUUUGUAGGGACAUGAUUACCCGCAGGUCCCUGGGAUAUGCGUACGUCAACUUUCAGCAACCAGCAGAUGCCGAGCGAGCUCUGGACACCAUGAAUUUUGACAUGAUAAAAGGGCGUCCUAUUCGCAUCAUGUGGUCUCAGCGUGAUCCAUCGCUUCGGAAAUCUGGUGUUGGCAACGUUUUCAUAAAAAACUUGGAUAAAAGUAUUGAUAAUAAGGCCAUGUACGACACGUUCUCAGCAUUUGGCAACAUCUUGAGUUGUAAGGUAGCUCAAGAUGAAACUGGAGCAUCAAAAGGAUACGGAUUCGUCCACUUUGAGACAGAAGAAGCUGCCACGAAAUCCAUCGAGAAAGUUAAUGGAAUGCUGUUGAAUGGAAAGAAAGUAUUUGUUGGCAAGUUUGUUCCACGCAAGGAGCGUGAGAAGGAGCUCGGGGAGAAGGCUAAGCUCUUCACAAAUGUCUACAUUAAAAACUUCGGUGAGGACUUCAGUGACGAACUGUUGCGAGAGAUGUUCGAGAAAUAUGGCCGGAUCACUAGCCACAAGGUUAUGAGCAAAGACGAUGGGAAGUCCCGUGGUUUUGGUUUUGUGGCAUUUGAAGAACCAGAAGAUGCUGAAAGGGCAGUAGACGAGCUUAAUGGCAAAGAACUAAUUGAAGGCAAGCCUUUGUAUGUCGGCCGUGCCCAGAAGAAAGCCGAGCGCCAACAAGAGCUUAAACGCAAAUUUGAACAACUUAAGAUUGAACGUCUUAACCGCUACCAAGGAGUAAACCUGUAUGUGAAGAACCUGGAUGACACUAUUGAUGAUGAACGUCUCCGUAAGGAGUUCACUCCAUAUGGAACCAUUACCAGUGCCAAGGUGAUGCUGGAGGAAGGCCGCAGCAAGGGAUUUGGCUUCGUGUGCUUCUCGUCUCCAGAGGAAGCAACAAAGGCUGUGACAGAGAUGAAUGGCCGGAUUGUUGGCACCAAGCCGCUCUAUGUUGCACUCGCUCAGCGCAAGGAAGAUCGCAAGGCUCAUCUGGCUUCACAGUACAUGCAGCGUAUGGCCAAUAUGCGUAUGCAACAGAUGGGAACGCAAAUGUUCCAGCCUGGUGGUGCAGGUGGCUACUUUGUACCAACAUUGCCUCAGCCUCAGAGGUUCUACGGUCCGGCACAGAUGGCUCAGAUUCGUGCUACUCCACGCUGGCCUGCUCAACCACAGGUCCGCCCAAAUGCCCAGGGCGGCGCCUCCGGUUUCCCAAAUAUGCAGGGACCGUUCCGAACGGCCCCUCGUGCUCCAGGCGCUCAACCAGGUUCCAUGCGAAAUGCACUGUCAGCAAGGCCCAUUACAGGCCAGCAACCAGUGGGCGCAGCAAACAUCCAGGGUCGUCCAAUGGCGCCUACAGUGUCUGUGUCAGCACAGGGCCGCCAAACCAACUACAAGUACACGGCAAACAUGCGCAACCCACCUCAGCCGAUACCAGUUGCUCAGCAGCCCCCUGUCCAACAGGCUGUGCACAUUCAGGGGCAGGAACCUUUGACUGCAUCAAUGUUGGCAGCUGCACCACCACAGGAGCAAAAGCAGAUGCUGGGUGAGCGUCUGUUCCCAUUGAUUCAGCGUAUGUAUCCAGACUUGGCCGGCAAGAUCACCGGUAUGCUGUUGGAGAUAGACAACUCCGAGCUUCUUCACAUGCUUGAACAUCACGAGUCCCUCAAGGCCAAGGUGGAAGAAGCCGUGGCUGUGCUUCAGGCCCACCAGGCCAAGCAGGCUGCAUCCCAAGUAAAGAAGGAAUAAAUUUACAUCUCCCCAGAUUCACUGCAAAACCAGGCAGUCAUCCAACAUAAUCUCAUAGCCAAACGUUGAUGCUGAUGACCUCAAGAUGACAAUUUAAGGGGAAGACAUUCCUAUGCAGCUGAAUUCCAUUACUGCCUGGUCCAGUGACUUGUUUCAUUCCGAGGAGGUCACGUGAAUUGAGCAUGAUACAAGGACAUUUUCUCCCCCUUCUUUGAAUUCUUAAACUUCAAAAAGAUAAAUUUUGCUUAUAAAAUGUAAAUGUAGCAUUGUGGUUUUAAUUCUGAAUGGAACUCACCAUUGUUUGGUUGAAAUAAUACUCGACACCUACAGUUCUCUGCUGCCUUGACUGUGCCGGGAGACCAUUUGUUGGGUGUUAGAGGAAGCUACAAAAAUACGUAUUUAAUAAGAAACAAGAACGUGGGAUCAACUUUGAGCCCUUAGCAUAAUAUCCCCAAGGCUUUUUGUUUAAAUAUUUAAUCUUAAGUUACACUUGGGGAAAAAAAAUAUAUCUAUAUAAUGUCUGUUGUGUUUCAGUUACUUAGUUUUUCAUUGGUUUUUAUGUUUAGUCCACAGUUUUUAAACUAUUGCAAGAUUGAGAAGGCAUGGCGUUUUAUGGGCUGGCGAUAAUUUAUUCGCUUUAUGCGAAUUUAUAUAAAUUUCAGGAAAUUUAAUUGAUUCAUUUUAGGUCGUUAUGUGAUAGGUUAGUUAUUUGUGGUUUUCCAUUUCAGUUACUAGAAACCAGGACAGAUGUUCAAACUGUGAGUUACUGUGUUAAUGCCUGCCUGUUUUAAGACAGAAAAUGACAGAAUAUUUCCCCGUACCUGUAACACAAAUUCCUAUUGUGAAAAUUUGGACCAUAGGGUGCAAUUAUGUACUAAAGGUUUGCCCAUAAAUGUAACAUUGGUAAAAAUGUCUCUAAGUAACAUUAUUACACAACAUAUUGUUUUUUAAAACCCAUAAAAAGAGAAAAACGUGGAUGUACUACCAAAAUCGAUAACAAUUGUCAGAAAAUCUAAAAAAAAAAAUGAUUAUAUAAACAUGUUUCCUGGUCCAAAACCUCUUCAGUAAUACUUCAAAAUUGGUAGAUGAAAACAUAGAUCCAACUUCUGGAUAAUAUUUAAGUAUCUGAAUUACUAGUAAGUAUAAUAUGAAAUAUGUAAUUUCACUGGGAAAAUCAAGGUUAAUAAUGAUAAUAAAGUAUUUUCUUUUCAGAGUU